AUGUCGCGAACCACUGAAGAUACCCCCCUGCUGUUGGAAUCCACAGCCGAUGAAUUAGGAUCCCCGAAUGAUGAACAACACAAUCCCAUUGUGGAAAGACAUCAACAACGAUGCGCCAAAACCAUCUUCAUUUUAACGUGGAGCUCGGCACUUCUCGCGGUCUUCAUGCUUGUUCUAAACCUAAUCAUCAUAUUCAUAUCUCUUACCCUAUUCGGGUAUAUCAGGCCCUGGGCACCAGAGGGUACUCUAAUUGCCCUCUUUUUGACGCUCCUGGCCGCUGGAUUGAUCUCGUUCCUUAAUCUGGCUCGUCUGUAUCUCUGGAACCGACCUAUCUGGCUCUGGUUGAACCUGAUCUUGGACCUCGCCAUCGCCGUAUUCUCAAUCGGCAGUGGUGUAUCACAGUUGGGCCUCGACGGCUCCGGAUGGGACUCAGAUGUACCCCUAUGGUUCAUCCGUACCGCCCAGGUCUUAUCCUGGUUGGCUGUAGUGUUCGCACUGAUUCACUUGGCUUUGUUCCUCGUGCGAUGCUUCUUGUCCUUUAGUUACCGGCCCUGGCGUGAAUAUCGCAAAUGGACGUUGCCCCGUUGGCGCUUUAACAUUGAGUUCAAGGUGAAAGUCAUUCGACUGUCGGAUAACGCCGAUGUGUUGCCCGACGUCGCUACCUAUGGCACCUUAAUCCAUGCAGAAGUGGCGGCGCAAAGGGUUUGA